GGCCGACAGCGCCUCAGGAUCGCCGGUAGUACGCGCCGCUUCCGGUGGGCGGGGCGGUGUCGGCAGUGGCUCCUGGGAGGCCGUCGUGCUUGAGGCGUUGGGGUCGCGAGGUGGUUGGAAAGUGGCGCCAAGAUGGCGGCUGGGCCCAUCUCUGAGAGGAACCAAGGUGAGGGCUGGGGCUGGGGGGCAGGUCCCGGCAGCUCCCUCUUCUCCAGGGCGGAGGCUGUUGAAGUGGGGGACUAUUAUGGGUUGGAGCCCCCCCCAAAAAACCUCCCCUCCCCUCCCCUCUUGGCGUGGCAGGACCAUUGGCUUUGCAUAGGGAGGGAUUAAUGCAGUAGUAGUAGUAGUAGUAAUAAUAAUAAUAAUCAGUAGUAGUAGCAGAUGCUAAUUAUUAUUGCUAACAGUACAGUCUCUAUAUAGGGGGAGCUUCCCCGUUUUGGAAGUGGGUGGGUGAAGUUAAAGCUGUUCUUGUUAAUAGCAACAGAGGCUAAUUACAAUUAAUAAUAAAGAUUUCAGCAGUGCGUGAGGCUAUAUUUAUCAUCACACUUACUGUCAGGCCAGUCUACAUUGGGGUAGUGUCCCCGUUUUGCAUGGCGUGGGUGACAUUAAAGGCUCUAUUAUUAUUAUUAUUAUUAUUAUUACUACUACUACCGCUUAAAAGCUACUUUUGUUUUUAUUAUUAAAUUUAAGCUGCUAUUUUUAUUUGCAGUAGUGGAUGCUAAUUAUUGCUAAUAAUUCGGCUUUUGCAAGUGCAGGUGUCUACUGAAAUGUUAUUAAGUUGCAACUAACUUCAGGCGGUACUUGAAGUGACAAUCAGUGUACAUGUCUAGCUUAUAUGUCCAUGAAUUGCAUAGGCCAGUUGGAAGGGAUCCAAGGGUCAUCUAGUCCAACCCCCCUGUAGUGCAUUUGUUUGGAUGAGUUGGUGGAGAGAUCUCUGAAAAGCCUUCUCUCUCUGUCCAUGCAACUGAUGUGUGUGUCUCUUUCCUCUCCGCUCCAGAUGCCACUGUGUACGUUGGAGGCCUGGACGAAAAGGUCAGCGAACCUCUCCUGUGGGAGCUGUUCCUCCAGGCAGGUCCGGUCGUCAACACCCACAUGCCCAAAGACAGAGUCACUGGCCAGCAUCAAGGUAAGCGAUGCCAAGAGCAUGUUGUUUUGGAGGGAGCACGUUUGUCAGCGGAUGUAACAUGGCACCCUCCAUGUUGUUGGACUCCAGCUCCCAUGUGUUGUCAGCCAGGAUGGCCAACCUGAGCCAUAAAUCUUCCUUUGGCUUUGCUCAUGAGCCAGCGAUGGUCCCACCUAUCUUGCAGCAAAGUCCAGUUCACUCAUGUGCAUAAGAAUUGUCUUCUUGGGGGGGUGAAUAGUCAGUAAUUUCUGUGCAUAUAAGGUGCACCUUUUCCCGAGUCAGACCCAUUUGCCCAUCUAGCUCAGUGUUGUCUACACUGACUGGCAGCAGCUCUCCAGCAUUUCAGGCAGAGGUUCUCUCCCAACCCUACCAUGAGAUGCCACUGGGAGUUGAACCCGGGACGUUCUGCAUGCAGAGCGGGUGCUCUUCCACUAUGCUAUGGCAGAGCACCUACCCUGUAGGUUUGCUUAUUUAAUUAGCUUUUCUUAACGCACCCUUUAAAAAGGCCCCUGUGGGCUGCAACAACAAAAUAAGUCAUUAUAAAACAAAUGAAACAGUUGCAACCUUGAAACAAAGAAAGGACAAAAACGAUUCUAAAUAUACAAAAACAAUAUGUGCAUUUAAAAACAAUUAUAAUGUAAAAAUGGUUGUGGUUUAAAGCAGUCACAUGCCUUCCUUCCAUGAUAUUUAUCCCAGGUCGCUUACAGUGCAUACUGAAACAAGCAAAUAACCCCUCUCCCCCACCCAGCAAAGCAGUGGCUCCCGAAUCUUUUGGGACCACCACACCCUGGUUCCAUAAACUUAUCCCAGGUGCCCCCUACCUUAUUAAAAGCUUUAUUUAGAAUAGCGGUUUGCAUGUCACACCGAGGAAGAUAAUAACACAAUAAAAUUCAGAGCUCUUGCGAUUAAUUGCACGCUUACUGAAAACCCAAUUAAAACUAUUUAGUUUAAUUAACUGGGACUGGUUAUAAGGAACAUACGACUCCCUUGCUAGAACAGAUCCACUGGUCUGUUUCUGGACGCAAUUCAAAGUGCUGCGUAUGACCUAUAAAGCCCUGCAUGUCCUAGGUCUCUGAAAGACCACAAUUCCUCAUGUGAACCUGCCUGGGUUUUGAGAUCUUUGGGGGAGACCCUUCUCUCAAUACUGCCACCCUGACAGCUGGGGACAUGGGAAAGGGCCUUCUUGGUGGUGGCCGCUCCCAGACUUUGGACCUCCCGUCCUCCUUGUCCUUUCUCAGGGAGGUGAAGAACCUGUUCCAACAGGCUUUGGGGAAUUGACUGCUUUUAAUGAAAGGGCUGGUGCUGGGCUGCUUUUAUUGUAAUUAUUUGUAUGUUUUAAACAUAUUUUGUAUAUGUAUAUAGUUUGAAUUCUAUCAAUGCUUACCGGUAACUGUUUUUUAAAGAUGGUUCCUCCCCCCCAAUGCUUUUAGCUAUCCUUGGUUUUUUAUCUGUGAACCACCUAGACUGAGUAUAAAUAUAAUAGCAUAAAUAUAUAAAUAAAGAGUAUAAAUAUAUAAAAAAGACUGAGUAUAAAUAUAACAGCAGCAGCAAUAAUGAUAAUAAUAAUUCAACAAAACUGAUGAACUUGAUCCAGUGGUACCAGCUUCUUAAAUGAUUUAUAUCUCUAGCACCUCCCUGCCAUCCCCUUGGCCCCUUCGGGUCACCUUUCCCCAGGUAAUCCCACCAACAUCUUUGGGAACCACUUUGUAAAGGGACAGUGAGUUGCCAUCUGCUCUCAGCAGAUGCAUUAAACCUAGUGGCUAGCUUGGGUUCCAUUAAUUUCAUUGGGUCUGCUCUUGAGUUGAACUUGGACGUCUACAAUCCUCAUACACAAACACUGCAUUGUGUUCUUUUAAGCUAGGGUUGCCAUAUGUCCAGGAUUGUCUGGAAAUGUCGAAAAUCCGGCAGUGCCAUAUUUGCCCAAUUUUCCAUAAAACCAGCUCAAAAAUGGCAUAUAAAUUUUGCUCCGAAAGCUCAACAGCUUUGCUAAAAAAAACCCCUCUACAAUCUGUCCAGAUUUUCACUGUUUGGCAACCCUAUUUUAUUAUUUUUUUAAAAAUUCAUUUUUAUUAAAUUUUCCACUUUAACAGUCCAAUCAAAUCACAUUAAAUAUUCCAAAUUAUACAUAUACAUAUCAAGUAAUCUGAAUAUUCUGCCAAAUUAUAAAUUUUUAAUAGGACUUCCCAGGCUUCAAGUUCUGAUCAUCUCAUACUUCUACUGCUUUUCAUAGUCACUUCCGAUGGUUCCUCUAAUUCUUUCUGUUGUUAACCUUCCUUCUUUCACAGCCUCUGAGUUGUUCCCACAAGCGAGUUAAAACAAACAAUGACGUGUUUCUGUGUGGAUUUUAUGUCUAUGAUUCCCCUCUAUCAGUUCACAGCAUCUCCUCACACACUGGUGUUUCUGCCGAAUCAAUCCGAAAGUCUUUUCGCUUCUGGCAGCUGCUAUCUCCGCUCGGUUCCGAUAAAAUUACUGAGCAGACGCUUAGACUUGAUUUCGUGGCAACCCUAUUUUGAGCGUCUUUCUCGUCCUGUCUCCUUCCAGGCUAUGGGUUUGUGGAGUUCCUUAGCGAGGAGGAUGCCGACUACGCCAUCAAGAUCAUGAACAUGAUCAAGCUGUACGGGAAGCCAAUCCGGGUGAACAAGGCCUCGGCCCACAACAAGAACCUGGACGUGGGCGCCAACAUCUUCAUCGGCAACCUGGACCCGGAGAUUGACGAGAAGCUCCUCUACGACACGUUCAGCGCCUUCGGGGUCAUCCUCCAGACCCCCAAGAUCAUGCGCGACCCGGACACGGGAAACUCCAAGGGGUACGCCUUCAUCAACUUUGCCAGCUUCGACGCCUCCGACGCCGCCAUCGAGGCCAUGAACGGACAGUACCUGUGCAACCGCCCCAUCACCGUCUCCUACGCCUUCAAGAAGGACUCCAAGGGCGAGAGGCACGGCUCGGCGGCCGAGCGCCUCCUGGCCGCCCAGAACCCCCUCUCGCAGGCCGACCGGCCCCACCAGCUCUUCGCCGACGCCCCUCCUCCGCCCUCAGUGCCCACCCCGGUUGUCACCACCUUGGGGCCAGGCGUCACCCCGCCAGGUAUGCAGCCCCCUCUUUUCCUUUCGAUAUUUCUAAACUGGCUGGUGUUUUUCAAUUUAGGUCUCUCUCUCUCCCCCGCCCCCCCCCCAGUCCCUCUCCCUGUGUCUCUGUCUCAUUGGUUUUGAGAAUGUUGAGAGUUGGCUGGUAGCCACAAUGGCAGUGCUCUGCCUCCACAGGCAGUAGUGCUUCAGAAGAGCUGGAAACCACUGGGGGAGAACGCUCUUCAGCUCAGUUCCUGCUUGUGGGCUUCCCAUUGUGGCAUCUGGUUGCCCACUGCCAGAAUGGGAUGCAGGCCUGCUCCAGCAGCCAGGCUCUUUUGAUGUUCUUAUGGAGUCUCCAGAUCCACAGGCAGUCUAGACGCCUAGGCCCUUAGGGGUAUUUGGACCCUGUGAGAACAGGAGGCUGGACUAAAUAAUAAUAAUAAUAAUAAAUUUUUUUUAUUUAUACCCUGCCCUUCCCGGUUCAAAAAACCAGGCUCAGGUCAGCUAACAACAAAAUUAAAACACUUAAUUGAAGCAACAAAAAACAGCAUAAAAUACAGUAUACAACAUGAAUAACAAUAAAUUCAGAAUUUGAAAAUCAAAUUUUUUUUUGGGGGGGGGGAAUCCAUCCAAUAAACAUUAGGUGAUCACCAGGGCUAGCUGGCUAAAUUAGUCCUAUUUGGGCCAGUGAGGAGACCAAGGAAGAAUUAGCUGUGGGGUCCCAGAACGGGUAAUCUUCAUAAAAAGGGAAGGAAGGGGAAUAUAAGAUCAGGCUAAGUUCAAAUUGAAAGCCGGGCAGAAUAGCUCUGUCUUACAGGCCCUGCAGAAGGAAGUUAAAUCCUGCAGGGCCCUGGUCUCAUGGGACAGAGCAUUCCAUCAGGUCGGAGCCAUCACCGAGAAGGUCCUGGCCCUGGUGGAGGAUCAUCUGACUUCCUUAGGGCCAGGGACCUCUAAACUAUGAUUAUUCAUGGACCUUAAGGCAGACCAGGAGAGGCGGUCCCAUAAAUACUACUCACCUGAUCCAACAGCCAGGGUCUACUUACCGAAUUAAAGAAAGCCAUGGAGGGUAAUGCUACCAGUGGCUGGUUGCUGGAAACUGCAAGAGGGAAGAGUGCUGUUGUGAUUCAGUCCUGCUUGCCAGUUUCCCUUUGGGGGCGUCUGUUUGGCCACUGUGGGAACUGGAUGUUAGGCUAGAUGGGCCCUUGACCUGCUCCAGCAACCCAGCCAGAUGGGCAGGGCUUAAAUAAUAAUAUUAGGAUUAUGGAAUCUCUAGGAGCAGAGCAGCCUGCUGAGAUUUCUAGGUUCUUAGGGGGCAAUAGGCCACUGCAAGAACAGGAUGCCUGGUGGGCCAGAGCGCCCCCCCCCCCCGGCCUGAUCCAUCAGGUCAUCUUACGAUGUUCUUAUAGUUACCCCAAAACCAUGUCACCGCAUGAAAGAUGAAUGUUCCUACUUCCCUGACAUGGUUUACCUUAAACGGCUACAAGGUUUGAUCAGUAGAGUAAUCCGUUAAAGCAGGGAUUUGUGGGAGUGGGAGACAUCCGGACCCCAACUCACAUAACCUCUGACUAUUGGUCACAUUGCCUGGAUGCAAGGUAAUGGGAGUUGAUGUCCCUCUCCCUUGAGGUAAAGCUUCAGUUGAUCGGUUGGGUGGUAGGCUUCGCUUUAACUAGCAAGGCCGAGGCUCAAGGGCACACCAGUUUUCUGUUGUUCUGGUGGCUUGCUGUUGUAGCUGUGCGCCUGGGUAGAUCUCAAAGGAAGAUGCUGGGCAGAUGGAAGAAAGUUCCUUCUUCACGCAGCACAGAAUUAAACUGUGGAACUCGUGUCCGCAGGAGGCAGUGAUGGCCACCAACACGAAUGGCUUUAAAAGAGGAUUGCACAAAUUCAUGGAGGCUAUCAAUGGCUUCUAGCACAAGGACUCUGCUCUGUCUCCGCUGCUCCUGUGGUUUCCAGCUUCUUGAAUGCCACUCGCUGGAGACCACAGGAGAGGAGAGUGAGUGCUCUUCUGUUCAGGUCCUGCUUCUGGGUUUCCCAAAAUGGGCAUCUGCUUGGUCACUGGGAAACAGGGGUGCGAACUUGAAUAAAAUACUGCAUGGGCCCAGGUAAGCCCUGCCCCGCGUAAUCAAUCACACACCCAUAUUUCAUUUGUGGGGCCUAGGAGUUGGCUCCUAUGCUGUGAAAACAGGAUGCUGGACUAGAUGGGCCAUUGGCCUGAUCCAGCCAACUGUUCUUACGCUCUUAUGAACAUGCCUUGCCUUUUAACAGCGUGGGAUCUUUGUUGUACGGAAUUUCAGGGUUUCUCUUCCUUCAGUAUCUCCUAACGUUCUCCUUUCCACCCUGCACAGGCAUCCCGCCACCCGGGUCGUUCCCUCCGCCAGUGCCGCCACCAGGAGCCAUGCCCCCGGGGAUGCCCCCAGCCAUGCCGCCCCCACCCAUGCCGCCUGGCGCCGGUGCCCCAGGACCGCCUUCCGGAGGUGCUCCUGGAGGGGCACACCCUCCCCACCCGCAUCCUUUCCCUCCAGGUGGGAUGCAUCCAGGUACGUUUUGCCUUUGGGGGCAACUCUUCGUCUUCCUCUCUGCAAAAUAAACACAGCACCCUCCGUUGCAGUGGACCUCUGCCUUCCUCUUAGGACACUUACCGUUUUCAUUUUAACUAAACAAUUUUUAUACUGCUUAUUGUAGUCUCUAAGCAAUAUAACAAUGUACAAUACAGCCGUACCUUGGUUUUCGAACAGCUUAGUUCCCGAACGUUUUGGCUCCCAAACGUCGCAAACCCGGAAGUGACUGUUCCAGUUUGCGAACUAUUUUUGGAAGCCGAACGUCCGACGGGGCUUCUGAUUGGCUGCAGGAACUUCCUGCAGCCAAUCAGAAGCCGCGGUUUGGUUUUCGAACGUUUUGGAAGUCGAACAGACUUCCGGAACGGGUUCCAUUCGACUUCCAAGGUGCGACUGUAUAAAGAAUACAAUCCGGUUAAAAUCAUAAAAUCAGACUUCAGUAAAAAUUGCUUGCUGGAGUAAAAUCUUCACUGGGCGCUGGAAUGUCAGAAGGGAGCAGGCUUGUCUGACCUAUGGAACUCACUUCCAGCUGAGGUCGAACAGGCCCUUUACCUGCUGAACUUCUGGUGCCCAGUGGAGGCUUUUUAUUUCCUUAUUUUAUUCCCUUUUUAUUUUGUGGAACUGGGCCCUUGAUAUCGACUGCAGCACCUGGGUCAUGGGGAACUACUAACAGUGUUUUCCCGAAGACCUUAGUGAUUGAGCAGGGAUAUGAGAGAUCAGGCAGUCCCUGAGGCAAAUAGUUAAGGGUCUUGUAAGAUGUGCAGAGGUGUGUCUGGCACCCUCACUGCACAGCUUCUAGCGACUGCCGAAGACUUACCUCUUCACGCUCUUUCUUGCCGCUUGAGUUUCCAGAACCCAUUUUAUUUUUGCAAUUGCAAGUACAGUCAUACCUCGGGUUACAGACGCUUCAGGUUGCAUGUUUUCAUGUUGCGCACUGCGCCAAACCCUGAAGUAUCGGAACAGCUGACUUCUGGGUUUCGGUGCUCGUGCAUGUGCAGAAGCGCUAAAUUGCGCUUUGCGCAUGUGCAGAAGCGCCGAAUUGCAACCCGUGUGUGUGCAGACGCAGCGCUGCGGGUUGCGAACGUGCCUCCCGCACGGAUCACGAUUGCAUCCCGAGCGUCCACUGUAGUUUCAAACUUAACGUUGUGUUUUGAUGUUGCACCUGCCCUGGAAUCUUCGGGUGGAGGGCAGAUAAUAAAUAACGCUACUCCCACUAUUCCUACUAACUUCUGCAUCUGCGUUUCCAGGAAUGCCACAGAUGCAGGUACAUCACGGGAUGCCCGGGAUGGGCCCUCAUCACCCAGGACCGCCGGGGGCAGGAGGCCAGCCGCCCCCUCGCCCUCCCCCAGGCAUGCCCCACCCUGGCCCCCCGCCCAUGGGCAUGCCGCCCCGGGGCCCUCACUUUGGAUCGCCGAUGGGUAAGUGCCAACAAGCCUUGGGGCGGUUAGGAUCCUUCCAAGUUUCUCUUUUUGUUUAGUACAGAAACUCCUUUGGGAGGUGAAUCUUUUCAGCUGGUUUCUUCCUUAUGCCCUGUUCUUUCAUUUGCAUGAAGUGGAACUACAGAUCUCAAAUCCAGACGGGUGUGUGUGUGUGCGUGUGUGUGUGUUAAACCUUUCCCCACGUAAUGCUUCUUUUGGCGGGGGCACUUGCUCAUUCUGUGCUGUCCGUUGUUUCUCCCGGGCUGUUGUCUAAUCCAGAUACCUCCUCUUCUUCCUCCACCAGGUCAUCCUGGCCCCAUGCCCCCACACGGGAUGCGUGGGCCGCCUCCCUUGAUGCCACCCCACGGAUACAACGGGCCCCCUCGGCCCCCGCCCUACGGCUACCAGCGCAUCCCUCUCCCCCCUCGGCCCACCCAGAGACCCAUGGUGCCUCCACGGGGGCCGAUGCGAGGGCCCAUGCCUCCCUAGGCAAGACAGCCCGACCACAGGCCGGCGUAAGAAAAGGAUCUUCCUUCCUUCCAUGGAUUCCUCAGAUUUAUCUCUUUCUUUCUUUUCUCUUCGGACAAACAUUCCAGUGUUUCAUGUUUUUGCUUUCCCUGCGUGAAAAGAGGCUGCCCACCAACUUGGCAGUGUUGAGGGUCUUUGCUUAUCCUUCAUGUUAUUAAUAUUUUUUUUAGCUCCAUCGCCUCCUGGAAGAAGGAACAGGGUUUUAACGUUAUUUUUUUAUUACUGUUGUUACAAUUCCUCUUUGUGACACCCAAAUUAGCCAUGUGAUUUGCAAAUAAAAGUCUGGGAAGAUGCUCCUAA